AUGUUCGCCUCCAUCUGCCGGCGGCGGCCCCUCCGAAUCCAUCAAACCGCUGGCGGUGGCGGCAGGACAAACCCCCUCGAGUUCAUCCCUGGCACCAUCCCUCUCGCCCACUGCCACACCUCGCCCGCCGUCGCCGAAGCCCCGAGCCCGGAGCCCUGCCCCGACUCCGUUUCCUACCUCAUCUCGCGCGGCCUCUCCCCCACCGCCGCUGGCGCGGCCACUACCUCUCAGCACCUCCGCAUCCGCUCCACCGACAAGGCCGACGCUGUGCGCGCCCUCCUCAAGCUCUAUGGCUUCACCGACGCGGACAUCGUCCGGGCGUUGCGCAGCGCCCCGGUUCUCCUCGUCUUUGACCCCGAGCGGAUCCUCCGCCCCAAGCUCGACCUUUUCGCCUCCCUAGGCUUCGAGCCCCGCAAGCUCGCCUCCGAGCCUUUCCUCCUCGGACGCAGCCUCGACAAGCACCUCGUCCCCGCCAUCCAGUUCCUCCGCGGCAUCAUCGGCAGCGACGACAACCUCCGCCUCGCUUUCCACCGCGCCCCCCGCGCCCUCUCUGUGGACCUCAACAACAACAUGCGCCCCGCCGUGGAAGCCCUCCGCCGGGGCGGCCUCGGAGAGGCCGACAUUUCGAAGCUCCUCGUCAUCCACUUGGGCGUGCUCAUGUCGUCACCGUAUCGCAUCGGCGAAAUCUUCGAGGAACUCAAGGCGAUGGGCAUGUCCAUCUUGGACCCGCGCUUCCUCUACUGCUUCCGUGCGAUGUCCAGUCUGAAGAGGGAGUCAUGGCUGCGGAAACUGGCAUUUUACCAGAGCUUCGGGCUGUCAGAGGGUGAGGUGCUGGAGGCCUUCAAGAAGCAGCCCACGAUAUUCCUUUUCACCGAUGAGAGCAUAAACAAGAAGGUCCGGUUCCUGCUGGACGAGCUGAAGCUCGGAAUACGUGAUGUAAUUGCGCGGCCUGUGGUUCUAGCUUAUAGCUUGGAGAAGUGCAUCCUGCCGAGGUGCGCCGUGCUGAGUGUGUUGAUGAGGGAGGGGAGGAUUCAGAGAUAUAGUAUCAAGUUGCUUCAGGCUUUGCUUGGCAGUUCCGGGAAUUUCUCGACCAGGUUUGUGCUGAGGCACGCUGAUGAUGUGCCAGAUGUUGUUAAGGCAUAUGAGGGUAAGAUCAGAUUUGAAGGAUUCAAAUAGGCCGGUCUUCUUCUAGAUUGGUAUAAUUCUAGAUUAGGCUUAUGUUUCUAGUGCCAAUGUUAAAGAUCAAGACAUGAUCCAUGAUUCUAACAGUGCUUCAGGGACAAUUUUGCCCUAUUGGUAGCCCUUACUGAGUAUCAACUACAUUUGUAGUUUAACAACUGUCAUUUUGUGUCCUGCGGCCUAUUAAAAUCUACCCCUCCGUUUCUAAAUAUAAGCCUUUUAGAGAUUUCAAUAAGAACUACAUCCUGAUGUAAACCCUGUGUUGAUCUUUACAUCUUACUCUUUCCACUACUCAUCUGAAGUCU